ACUUCCGUCAAACCGAGCGAAGAAUGCUGGAUUCAUCAAACAUCCACCCACAGCUUUCGCAAACCCCGUCUUCGAUCCUCUCUUCACUUCCCGACUCACCGUGCUUAGAUCUAACCGGCGACGGAAUUUCCGAUAAUUCUGUGACCUUCAACGAUGGUUCUGCUUCAACUAGAUCCGUUCCUUAAUGAACUGACGAGCAUGUUCGAGCGAAGCACUGAGAAGGGCUCUGUUUGGGUUACUCUUAAGCGAUCCUCCUUAAAGUCUACAGUGCAGAGGAAUAAAUUGGUUUCUGCUGGCGAAACAAUUGAGUAUAGAUGUCUCAUUCGCGCUACUGAUGGGAAAAAGACGAUUUCUACUUCAGUUGGACAAAAAGAUCACCAGCGCUUUCAAUCUUCCUAUGCAACUAUACUGAAGGCCCACAUGACUGCUCUGAAGAAGAGAGAAAGGAAGGACAAGAAGAAGUCUGCAGAAACUGAUAAAAGACAAGGCAGUUCAAAGAAAGCCAAGAAGGCUUGAAUUUGAAGACUUAUCCUUUUGUUCGGAGUUUCAGUCCAAACCUACAAGAAGACUAUUGUUUUUUCAGUGCCAGGCCUUUGAUUUUUCUUUCCUUCUUUGGAAGUGAAAACGAAAAGCUAGAAGAAUUCUUGCAGUUUUGAUCAAUUGAGGAUUAAGGUAUACUACUAAUCACACUUAAUACCAUUUUAAGUUAAAUUUGUUUCUGAAGUGGCCUUA